UCCAGGUUCUCUUGCAGCUGUUUGCCUUGUGCUCUGUCUAGGUGAAGGAGAGAGAGGUUAGAGCUUGGGAAGUACGACCAUCUCUGCCGCGCAGCAUCUCCCCCUGGUGCCUUCUGCUCAGGGAAGAGAUUCUGCUUCAGAAAAAUGGCAUCCUCGCCUAUUAAGACAACACACCCCUUGAAGAAAAGAGUGAAAAUCCACCCAAACACAGUGACUGUGAAAUAUACGGCACAUUACCCACAGCCAGAAGAAGAGGGUUAUGAAGAGACAUACCUGGACAGUGAAAAUUAUGUUGAAGACAACCCAAAGAAAAAACUUCUUGGUGACACUAAAAAACAAGGAAGAACACACUUUGGGACAAUUGAUGUUCGUCAGAGUUUAUCAGAAGAACAGACAGAAAACACUGGACAAAGUGUGGCCUCUGAGCCAAGAAUAACCUGGGUAGCUCUGGUUGGUGCUGCCUUGGCCCAUGGUUGUGUUGCAUUAAUAACUCGACUUGCUGCUGAUCGGUCAAAAGUGCCGUCACUGGAGCUCCUCUUCAUUCGUUCUGUCCUGCAGAUCUUUGCUGUUGUGGUUGUCUGCUAUGGCAAUGAGCAUCCUCUUGGACCCAAAGGAUACAGGAUGGGUCUGUUUCUCUAUGGGGUAUGCAAUGUCAUCUCCAUUACCUGCGCCUACACCUCCUUUGCAAUUGUACCCCCAAGCAAUGGGACCAUUAUGUGGAGAGCUACCACCACAGUCUUCAGUGCCAUUCUAGCCUUUCUACUGGUAGAUGAAUGCUUGGACUAUACUGACAUUGUCACAGUAGUCUGCAGUGUCUUUGGCCUUUGCCUGGUAAUGAUCCCAAAUAUUGUUGAUGAAGAUAAUUCAUUGGUGGGCCUUUGGAAGGAAGCCUUUGGCUAUACCAUGACAGUAAUGGCUGGGUUGACCACAGCUCUGGCCAUGAUCAUUUACAGAGCUAUCAAAGAAAAAGUUAGCAUGUGGACUGCUCUUUUCACCUUUGGAUGGACAGGUACAGUUUGGGGUGCAUCCACAAUGUUUAUCCUACAAGAGCCUAUUAUACCAUUGGAUGGAGAAACCUGGGGGUAUCUAUUAGGGAUCUGUAUCUGUUCUACUGUGGCUUUCUUAGGUGUAUAUUAUGCACUAAAUCGAUUCCACCCAGCAUUAGUUAGCACAGUGCAACAUUUAGAGAUCGUAGUGGCCAUGAUCCUCCAAUUGCUGGUCCUCCGUAUGUUUCCAACCAUGUACGACCUUAUUGGUGGAUCACUAAUCAUCUUCAGUGUCUUUGCACUGACUGCUUACAAGUUUUACUGGGUCAACCGUAAUGGCAGACAGGAUUACCUGGAGAUAACAAAUUCCCCUAUCAAAUGAAUGUUAAUAAUGUCGUAACUAACUAGAAGAUUAAAUGUGAGCAAGCAGCUCUAUAAAUGUCAACUGUGCAAUGUUCUUUUGUUACUGUAGUGUCGAAAGAUGGUCAGUUGCUGUUACGUUCUCUGAAUGUUCUGUGGAAUAAAAUGUGCAGCAGACA